UUAAAUGUCGCAAGAAUACUCCAAGGAUAUAAUUUGUAAUCAGAUGUCGUCGAUGAGGAGCUUCUUGAUAGUUCUUUUGUUGGAACUUUUUCAUUUAUUGGCAUUCUCACUUGUUUCCAGGGCCAAUCACAGUCUCAGAAUUGAGAAUGGGUCUAUGGCAACAGAGGGGCAAUUCCCAUACACGGUUUUGAUUCUCUACUGGAACUUUGACAACCGCUGCACAGGGACUCUGCUGACAACCCAUCACAUAAUCACAGCUGCACACUGUCCUUUUAUUCCUGGUGGACCGUUGGUUCAAUUUGUAAUGGCUGGUGAUAUCCAUAAAUCUGAAUAUCAAUCGAACAAACAACAGAUUCGUAUAUUCAAAAGAUAUGCCCUACACCCAAAUUAUCCAAGUGCAAGAGGGUGGAUGAAAAUCCAAUAUGACAUAGGGAUAAUUCUUCUCGAUAUACCAUUCAUAUUAACGGAUCAUCUCAAGCCGAUCAAAUUUGCAAAAGAGCCCAUACCUGUUGGAACUUUAUGUGUACUGCCUGGAUGGGGCUUUACUCGUUAUCUCAAAGUGUGUGAACAAAACGAUAUAUUAAGAUAUCAUCCCGAAAGAAUUUAUCCGAAAAAAGUAUGUAAUAUUAAGGAGUAUACACUCAUGUGCGGUGGGAAGAACUUUGGAUGCCCAGGUGAUUGCGGUGGUUCUGUAAUAUGCAACAAUACUGCUCAAGGCAUUUAUACAUUUGCCGUUCAAAUUAACGGUUCACUAAGGAGUUUGUAUACUGAUAUUGCUCCGCACUAUUCAUGGAUUCGAAGUGUAAUUAAAAAGAAAUUCAUGAAGUACUACAUAGCGGGGAAGCAAUAUUCGACAGCAGUGAAAAUAUUUCCAAUUUUCUACCACUUCUCAUUUUAUAAUGCAUUUAAAAAAAUGUUAAUUUAACUUAGCUAAAAUAUGCCAUUUUUAAAGUUGACAACAUAAACGAGAGCGAAACAGCGUGUCUAAAUAUGGUAGCUGGUGGUUAGAUUCCAUUUAUACAGUAAACCAUAGUUCCUGAUGGAAUGAGUCGAACGGUCGGAGAAUGUCAACGCAUUUAAUUUAAUGUGUUUAGUCG